CUUAGACAUCCAUGGUCUGAUGAUCUCUAUGUUGCACGGCCUUGUCCUUAGAGAAAGAAAAAGCAGCAGUGGGGGUUGGUGGAGCUCCUCUCAUCCAUGUGCAUGCUGUGUCUGAUCCAGUGAUGAUGAGAGGGUCCCAACAACUGUCAUGCUCACUCAGCUCCACUUCAGUUACAGUCACUGCUUCCCUUUGGAAUAUCGCUUUUUUGAUGAAGAUACCUGAGGAGGAUUGAAAGAAGACCUGCAUGAAGGAUUAACUGAUUUUCUCCCACCAAAGUUGGUUUAAUUCAUCAUCUCAUCCUAUAUUCAAGCUUUUUCUACUGGAAUAAUGCAUUCCUGCUGCAGAGGCUCCUGGUUGUCAGUGGUAUUUGGUGCUGUGCUGGUUGUUCUUGCUGCUGGUAAUGCUGGACCAAAUCUAGACAGUAGGCAGGCUGGGUCUUCCUCAUGCUUCGGAGGCUUUGAUCUCUACUUUGUUUUGGACAAAUCUGGGAGUGUGCAGAAUCACUGGACUGAAAUCUACCGCUUUGUUGAACAUCUAGCUCAUAAAUUCUUAAGUCCACAGUUGCGAAUGUCCUUCAUUGUGUUUUCCACUGAGGGAAGGAUCUUAAUGAGCCUGACAGAAGACAGGGAACGCAUUCGUAAAGGUCUAGAGGAGCUGCAGGGGGUUCAACCUGGAGGAGACACCUUCAUGCACGAGGGCAUCCUGAGGGCCAGUGAGCAGAUUUACUAUGGAAACACUGAAGGUUAUCGCACUGCAAGCGUGAUCAUAGCGCUCACAGACGGAGAGCUGCACGAGGAUCUCUUCUACUACGCUGAGAGAGAGGCCAAUCGCUCCCGAAGUUUGGGUGCCUCUGUUUACUGCGUGGGGGUGAAGGAUUUCAAUGAGACACAGCUAGCAAACAUUGCUGACAGUAAGGAUCAUGUCUUCCCUGUCAACGAUGGAUUUGAGGCCUUGCAAGGCGUCAUUGACUCAAUCCUGAAGAAGUCGUGUAUUGAGAUCCUGGCAGCUGAGCCCUCUAGUAUCUGUGCAGGAGAGACCUUCCAAGUAGUGGUGAGAGGAAAUGGGUUCCUACACGCCCGCAACGUCGAUAAGGUUCUGUGCAGCUUCCGCAUCAACGAGACCCACACAAAGAUGGUAAAGCCUUUGAUUGUGGAAGAUACAUAUCUUCUCUGCCCAGCACCCGUGCUUCAAGAUGAAGGGAUGGCAGCAAACCUUUAUGUCAGUAUGAACGAAGGACUGAGUUUCAUCUCCAGUUCGGUCACUAUUACCACUGUGGGCUGUUCUGAUGGGACCAUCCUGGCCAUCGCUCUGCUCAUCCUCAUGCUGCUCCUGGUCUUGGCUCUCCUCUGGUGGUUCUGGCCUCUCUGCUGCACUGUGAUCAUCCAUGAGCCGCCACCACCACCUGUGGACGAGAGUUCGGAUGAUGAAGACUUUGAAUCCCCCAAGAAGAAAUGGCCGACUGUGGAUGCCUCGUACUACGGAGGGAGAGGAGUAGGAGGAAUAAAAAGGAUGGAGGUCCGUUGGGGAGAAAAAGGCUCCACAGAAGAAGGAGCAAAGCUGGAAAAGGCCAAAAAUGCCAAAGUGAAGAUGCCUGAGCAGGAGUAUGUUCCGUCCCCCAUGAGGGUUCUCAACAAUGGCAUGCACAAACCCCCGGGGCCCCGCAAGUGGUACUCACCCAUUCAGAGCAAACUGGAUGCAUUGUGGGUACUUUUAAGGAAAGGCUACGACCGUGUGUCUGUAAUGAGACCUCAUCCAGGUGACAAGGGUAGGUGCAUGACCUUCUCCCGCUCAAAGUCUCCCUCUCCUCACUACCCACACUACAACCUCCACCCAUCUCAGAUCUACAAGCCUCCACCUCCACCUCAGGUCAGCCUCCCACCAACCCCCAACAGCCCCUCAUCAUCUCCAUCGUUCUCUUUCUCAACCCUGCCACCGCUUCCUCCAACACCUCCACCCGGCUCCUCCAGUCCCUCCCCUCCCAUCACACCGCCCCCUUACACUCCACCUCCUAACCGGGCUCUCCCUCUGACCAACCUGCACAUACCUGCCCCGCCAAUGUUUCCCCCGAGCCCUCCACCUUCUGGCUCCCCGACUGGUUCCCUGCCUCCUCCUCCACAGGGACCUCCUCCAGUUCGAGCCCCUCCACCUGCUCGCCCACCGCCUCAUCCGGGUCUGUAGGGCUCGAGCAGCAGACGGAGAGAGGUUAAAGGAAUUUUAAAAGAAACUGAGAGGCCCAGCAACAAUCAGCACAUGACCUUUAUUGAUUGUACCUGCAAGCGAGCACAUGUGAGUGUGUUGUUUAAUGACGGUGGUCUUCCUGCCUUGUGAAGUGGUGCAGUGAGGACUUGUUUUCAGCUAUAUGUCUACAGUGACUUUUGUACACAUUUAGCCCAACAGUGCAAUUGCUCUAAUGCUUGAAUUACACAGACAUUCCCUACAGAUGAGGUCAUGGAGAUGAGCUGAAAAACAUUCACCUCCAUGAUCCUCAGGGCUGCUUCAGGCCCUGUCGUCCCCUCCAUGACUACACAAGUUUGGAUAAAUCCUGACCCAGCAGAAGACCAACAACUUGUAUUCUACACGGGCCCUUGACGAGGAGCACAGUCAUGUUGAAACAACCUUGACAUUUAAAUCUGUUUCUGUGUUCCUGAUAAGAGAUAAGACUCAAGUUGCAAAUGUUCCACACACUCAGCAGAAACAUCUUAAAUCCAUGUUUUUGACUUUAUUGUACUUUUGAAUGUUGAGCAACUGCAUGCAAUAAUACUUUGGUCAUUUUUGUUUUGUACUUUUUAGAAAUGUUAUUAAUUUCUAUCAUGUUUUAUGAAACAGAAAUAUGUUUUCUUUUUGUACUUUUUAUUGUUAAGCACCACAAUUUCAGAGUUUUAAUUGUUUUGGUUAGAAAACAUUUGUUGCUGUUAAACACAACAGUAAGGGGAAUGAAACAGCCAGUGGUGGGAUUUCAGAGGGUAACUCAAGAUACAAUAGAUAUGAUAUGAUAGGAUACCUUUAAUAUCAUGAUACGUCUAUUCUGUGAUAAUUAAUCCAUUUCAACACAAUCAUAUAAAAAUCACAUUUCAAUAUUUGAUUGACAUUAGAAUACAUAAUGCCCAAAAAUAAAGGGUAAAGUUCA